AUGAGUUUCUGCCUUGAACUUCCUUCUUGGACCGUCAGCUCAGUUUCAUCAUCAUCCUUUUCGAGUUUCGAUCUUACUUUCCUGUUUCAUCCUUGUCUGUCUCUCUCGCAGUGUGUGUGUGUGUGUGUGUGUGUGUGUGUGUUGUGUCUGAUUGAGUCUGUAUCCAUCUGCUCUCGUCCCUGGUCAGCGGCUGAGGAUCGUCCUCUGCCGGCAUCUUCCCCGGCGCUUGUUGGCGCCCGAGAAUGUGUGCAACGACUUUCCCCCUCCAGACCGACUGCGCGCCGCGAGGCUGAAUCGCAAGGCCGUCUGCCUUACUCUCUCUCACUCUCUCACUCAACUCUCCCUCUCCCUCUCCCACCACAAUCCACCUUCCCCCCCCCUUUCCCUCAUUUGCCUCUCUCUCUCUCUCCCCCCUCCUUCUGA